UUCCCGGGGCAGGAGCUGCACGUUCGCCUGAUAUUUCAGGGGCGACUACUCCGUGACGACUCCCAGACGGUGUCGGCGCUGCAGCUGAGAGACGGGUCGGUCCUGCACUGCCAUAUCUCCCAGCAUGCAUCUGUGCCGGGGGCUGGGGGGGAGCACACCCAUGUGCCCCUGAAUGUGGGCAGCCUGUUAGUGCCCCUGCUGCUGCUCAUCCUCCUGUUGCUAUGGUACUGCCAGUUCCAGUACCCGGCCCUAUUUACUGGCACGGCCACGGCUUGCCUGGGGGGAUUCACCCUGCUGGUCAGCGCCGUCGCCUUCUCCUCCUACCACAGGUAAUGCCCGGGGUGCCGCCAUGUACAGACUGUGCCCCACCCAGUGCCAGGCUCUGGGGGGAGCAGAAGGCCCAUGUGACUCAUCGUGGCACCUCCCACGCGGGUAUCUGCCCAGCGGGGGGAACCUUUUCUACCCCUUCCCUUUCUGUGGCUUCUUAUUUCUGUGCUGAAUAAAACCAUUAAAUGUG